CAUGUGUAUGUGUGUAGCCAUCUGAAGAUGGGUGCAUGCGAGUGCGUGUGUGUGUGAGUGCGCUGCUUUUUGACAAACUUCAUCGAACUGUCAACGGGCUAGGCGAUUUGUUUAUUCUCGAAAAGACGCUAGCAAGCAGUGAACGCUGGUCUGUUGUUGCAGUAUUUUUAUGCCAACAAUCUAUCAUGGCCUCGCAAAACAUGGCUACGGCGCGUGACAAAACGGGGAAAAUCUACAAAAUUCGUGAGCUGCUGGAAAGCAAAUUCGAGCAAGAGUACGAAGCGGAACAGAGGCUCAUCCAGAUGGAACUUGAAAUGCAGGGCAAAGAGGCAAACGAACUAAUGAUGACGUGCGACGAUGAAGAUCCGUUCGAGGAUACCGGCGACGCCACGAUCGGGGACGUGCUGAAGAUACUCUCCUCCAUGUCAGGUCAGAUCGGGCAGCUGCACCGCAAGAUGGACCACAUCCAGAAGGAGGUGGAGGACGUUUCGAUCCGCGUGCUGCGGGUGGAGAAAAAGCUCGGCACAACGCUGGCCACACUCGAGCAGGUGAAGGAUGCCGUUGCGCUGGGCGAAAAUGCGGCCGGUGCAGAUGCAGGCGAGCCCCCGUUCGAGUUCGAGCCAGUUGCUAACGAGGAGCAGCUGAACGAGCUGGACUACAGGCUCGCCACAGACAGCACGUACCAGAGCAAUCUCACAAACUGGCUGAACAAAAAGAUACUGGGCGAGGAACCGAACGGUCGGCUGGUGGAAGCGAUGGAUCUGGUGUUCAGGCGCGAGUUUCUCCCACUGUGCAGCUGGAAGGGGCGAGGCAAACCGGGGGAAACGAAAAUACCCAUGAGCGCCCAAACGCACAUCAUGAAGCUGUUUACCGCGCUGGGAAGCAAUCGCUUCAUUGCCAUUACAGAUGCGUUUGUGGCGAAGUUCUUUUUGAAAAAGCUACCCCAUGCGAAGGAUCGGUUGCACGUGAAGCGAAAGAAUGUGACGCUCGCUAACCGACCGAACAGCCGUCCUGACUCCACACAGGUUCAAGAGUACGAAGUACUGUAAGCAUGCAGUGACAUACAUUACAGAGGGUAUGUAAAGUAUCGGAACAUUUCAUUUUAAAUGCAACAUUGAAUUCAACGAUUUUUCAAGGGAGUUCAGCAAUUUAAGUUCUUAAUUUUUAUGACAUCGAUUAAAAAUACAAAUCGAACACGAAAACACAUCCUAAACAAGGCGUCAAGACGUGUUGACCUUUUGUUUUUCGCUCAUCAAAAAGUGUAAAAUACAAAUGAACUAUAAAAAUUAAAUAAUAAUAAAUAUUAGGUACAGCAAAA